AUGUGGGCCGGAUAUAAGAUCUUAAUCCUUGCUUAUCUCACCACAGAAAUUUGGAUGGAGAGACAGUAUUUAUCACAACGAGAAGUUGACCCAGGAGCUGAGUUCACUAGGAAUCACACCAUUUCGGAAGGUACUCGAUUCAAAAGAGCCAUUUUCGAAGGGCAGUACUGUAGAAGUUUUGGUUGCUGUGAAGACAGAGAUGAUGGCUGUGUAACUCAGUUCUAUGAGGCGGAUGCGCUGUGUUACUGUGAUAAAUUCUGUGAAAGGGAAAAUUCUGAUUGCUGUCCUGAUUACAAGUCAUUUUGCCGUGAAGAAAAGGGAUGGCCUCUUCACACAAAGCCUUGGUCCCAAGAAGGUUGCCACAGAGAUGGUCAACAUUAUGAAGAAGGAUCAGUAAUUAAAGAAAACUGCAAUUCCUGCACAUGCUCAGGACAGCAGUGGAAAUGCUCCCAGCAUGCAUGCCUUGUUCAACCAGGAUUAAUUGAACAUGUCAAUAAAGGAGACUAUGGAUGGACAGCCCAGAACUAUAGCCAGUUCUGGGGAAUGACAUUAGAGGAAGGUUUCAAAUACCGCCUUGGCACCUUACCACCCAGCCCCCUGCUUCUGAGCAUGAACGAAGUGACCGCUUCUUUAGCUGAAACGACUGAUCUUCCAGAAUUCUUUAUUGCAUCUUACAAAUGGCCUGGAUGGACCCAUGGCCCUUUGGAUCAAAAAAAUUGUGCUGCAUCCUGGGCUUUUUCCACUGCAAGUGUGGCAGCUGACCGCAUAGCAAUUCAGUCCCAAGGUCGAUACACCGCCAACCUAUCCCCUCAGAAUUUGAUCUCUUGCUGUGCCAAGAAGCGCCAUGGAUGCAACAGCGGAAGUAUUGAUAGGGCUUGGUGGUACCUGAGAAAACGUGGACUGGUAUCCCAUGCGUGCUAUCCACUUUUCAAGGACCAAAAUGCUACCAACAAUGGCUGCGCCAUGGCAAGUAGGUCUGAUGGACGGGGAAAACGGCAUGCUACCACGCCAUGUCCCAACAGCAUUGAGAAAUCCAAUAGGAUCUACCAGUGUUCUCCUCCAUAUAGGGUCUCUUCCAAUGAAACUGAGAUCAUGAGAGAAAUCAUGCAAAAUGGACCAGUUCAAGCUAUAAUGCAAGUUCAUGAGGAUUUCUUCAAUUAUAAGACAGGGAUAUAUAGACACAUUACCAGCACAAAUGAAGACUCAGAAAAAUAUCGAAAGUUUCGGACACAUGCAGUCAAACUCACUGGAUGGGGCACACUAAGAGGAGCACAUGGGCAGAAAGAAAAAUUUUGGAUUGCUGCCAAUUCCUGGGGAAAGUCCUGGGGAGAGAAUGGCUAUUUUAGGAUUCUUCGAGGAGUAAAUGAGUCUGACAUUGAAAAGUUGAUUAUCGCAGCUUGGGGCCAGUUGACAAGUGCAGAUGAGCCAUAG